AAACACAACAGCUUUGUUUCAAUUAUAAAGAAAAGUUUACUGUGUGCUGCAUUUUCUUACAGAAAGCACAAUUACACUAACUUUGUUCCAUUCCACUCCACACAGGAGGUUGUCACAUCACUUGUAGACCUGUUGCAAGAUCAGUUCCUGUUUAUCCCUGCUGUUCAAAAGCAGCUUCUUUAAGGUUAUCUUUUGUUACAUUUUUAACUAGAACUGCCAGGAGUGGCUAAAAGGUAACUGCCAUUAGUAAGGCUGGUGUCCAGCAGACAGGCACAGAGGUAAUGAUAGAAAUUAGAAUCAGCAAGUUGAAAAUUAUGAUUUGCUGUGAAGCUCUCACCAGCAGAUCACAUUACAAUGCAUGCAAUACUUUGUGCCUUCAGUGGUCACCUACCAGCUGAUCUGCUAAAGGCUGCUCAGGGUCAUAUAAAGAAGCUCAUUAGCAGCAUGCUGGAAAAUGUCUUGUUAUGUGUUAUAUCCAAUGAAAUAAUCUGAAGGAUUAUAGGUACAGCUCUCAGGAGUUCAAAAUUUUAAGUUCUUGACUCAUUUUCCAAGUAAUGUCAUCCAUAACAAACAAAAGUUUUCUGGCUUGGUCUGUACCUUUAACCAGUUUGCUAAAUGCAAUAGUAAACACCCUUCUAAACAGGAAGUUCUACAUCUUGUGAUUAAUACAGUUCUGCAAGUCCCAACAUUUCCUAAGUUCCUCUUCCUUCAAGAAGAUUCAUUUCCACAGAGAUACAAGAAAUGGCAUCUUCCAACAAACUGAAAAAUGUGCUAAUGCUGGUGUUUGACUGGAUCCUGUAUGGUGCUGGUGUUGCAGAUCACUGCCAAGUCACUGUAACACAGCCCAGGUUUCAGCAAGCUGACUCCUCCAUGAACAGUGUGUCCCUAACAUGCACCUUCUCUGCCUCUGGAUGCUCCUCGUCCUCACCUGAAGUUCUGUGGUUUCGCUAUUUAACUAAUACACAUCAGGAUUUGUGUACUCCUGGAUGCACAGACAAUCAGAAGUACAAAGUACAAUCAUCAGACAAUAACAUCUUACUUGAGAUAAAAGAUCUGACUGUAAAUGAUAGUGCUCUUUAUAUCUGUGGAAUAGCAUUUUCAAACUCAGAUUCACCCCUUUCUAAACAAACAGGAGACGGAACAGUACUAACAGUAACAGAACCAGAGAAGCAGCACAGCAAUGGAAAACUCAUCGCCAUGAUCAUUGUCUCGACCUUACUGUUCCUGUACAGCUCUGCCGUGCUCACUUCCUUUGUGGUCUAUAAGGUAAAACCAAAGCUGCUAAAGAAGUGUGGGAAAGACCAAAGAGAAAACAAAAUAAACAGCGGCCGAAAAGUUUUUCGAGCAAUUGCUCAAGAACUUCAAAAGCAAAGAUAUGUUCGACACUGCCAACAGCCUGAUGCUUUGGAAGAUGACACUGUUUAUCAGAACAGAUGAGCACGUGCAGCGCUUCAGAUUUGUUCAAUUCUGCAAGCAAAGGAGCAGGUGAGGAAGUUAAGCUUCCUUACAGACUUCCUUUGCUUCAAAGGGAGAGGAGAAAACCUUGCAGGGCUGUGUUCUUCAGGAGUGUUUUCUAAACAGUUCACCAGAACCAAGUGCAUUGUACCUUACACCUGUGUUACACACUCCAUUUUCCAAGAACUCUGGGAAGAGACUUCUUCUUUGUAAGAUAACUUCUGAUGCUUCAUAAAAGUUUCCUUUUUUAGUUUAGAUUUAAUGCUGUCUUUUUUUCUCUUUACAUAAACUUCUAUGUAUUCCUUUUACACAAAUUGAGCAAUUGUGAAAG